AUGGUGAUUAAGCGAGACUGGGCAAACUUAGAUUCACUCGCUCUCAACAUGAUUCUUGAGAAGUUAACUGAACCAAUUGAUCAUAUUUGGUUUGGUUCUGUCUGUAAAAAUUGGCACUCAAUUGCAAACCUUAGUCAUCAACACGAUCACCAAUUUAGAAGCAAUAUAAUGCCUAUGCUAACGAUCCCUUCAGAAAAGAGUCCAGAAAAGCGAUGUUUGUAUAGCAUACCUGCAAAUAGAGUGUAUCCAUUAGAAUCGACAAUGCUAAACAACAAGAGAUGUUGCGGCUCAAGUCAUGGCUGGCUCGCAACGUUAGACGAAGAAGAUGUCAUCACUUGGGUGAAUCCUUUUAAGGAUGUUGCUCCUAUUAGUUUGCCACCCAUCGAUAAUUAUAUGGUAUGUAAGGAUUACGACUUCAAUGUGCAUAAGGUUACAUUGUCGGUUGAUCCUAUAACAAGUCCAAAUGAUUAUGUGGUUGCAGCAAUUUACACUACCCGUAGUUGUCUUGCUUUUAUAAAAGCAGGACAAGAGUUUUGGACAUACAUACAAGACACUGACCAUUUUGGUUUCAUCGAUAUUACAUUCUACAAAGGUUUGGUGUAUGCUGUAACUCGUUGGAAAAAAAUUGUGUGCUUCGAUCUUUGUUAUUCGGAUGACCCUUGGGAUGUGGAACAAAGAAUUCCAAAUGUUUUGUUACAAAGGAGUGAUGAUGCAACUUAUUCUCCACUUACUUAUUUAGUGAAAUCAUUGGAUGGAGAGUUGUGGAUGGUGAGAAGGUUUAUAAAUAGGGUAAAAAAUAUCAACAAAGGUACUAAUUCUUUACAUGUAUUUAAGUUGGAAUUGAAUGACAAAGGUGAUAAGCUUAUGCAUUUGUCGAAACUUGAGAGUUUAGGAGACAAUGUUUUAUUUGUGGGUGAUGGCGAUUCAAUGUCAGUAUCAACUUCAUAUUUCUCAAGUUAUCUACAAAAGGAUUCUAUUUACUAUUCUGAUAAUUAUUAUAACGAAGUACCGGUUCCUUAUCCUAGAGGUCCUUUUGAUAUGGGAAUAUAUAACAUAAAGCAUGGAAGCUUUGGUGUUCAUUGCCCUUAUAAAUCUUACUUCAAAGGUAUGGCACCUCCCAUAUGGGUUGUACCACCUUUUCAGUGGAAUUGA